CUCCGCGCCUACUUCUACCUUUCUUCAUUUUCACUUUUCCCUAUUCCAAUUUCUUUCUCUUCUUCUUCUUCUUCUUCUUCUUCUUAUCGUACGUUUCUAUGGCUAUCAUACGCUCUUUGAGCCAGCUUAACAUCAAGGCGCCACCUCCAUCGCCUAUCCCAACGGCCAACGGCUCACGCUCCGCUGCCAACGAAACCUUCACCGACUUUCUCGAGAAGUCGUUACAAGUCCCUGACCUCACGCUACCAGAGUCCCAGUCCCAGGCGCUCCACCACCCGGCCUACGCUCCCGAUGAGAUCGACUUCCAAUCCCUCUCCCUAAGAGAGACCAGUUCGGUGGAGCGGUUGCUGCAAUCGGCUCGGGAGUUGGGCGUGUUCCGGAUCGGGUGCCAUGGAUUUAUUAAAGGGGAGGAGUUGAGGGCGUUGGUGAAAGAGGCGGCGAAAGUGUUCGGGGUGAUGGAAGAGAGAGAUACGGGAUUUAGGAGAUAUUUGGCGGGAAAAAGGGAGGAGAUCGUGUGGGUUCGUCGCAAAGACGAGCGGAUGGAGUGGGCACGUCAAUACAUCGGCGCUCCAUUGUAUCAGAGUUUCAGUGAAAAGAUGGAGAAAGUAGCGAGCAAACUGGACCAACUUGCGGACGAAUUGGGCCAGAUUUUGGUAGAAAACGCAAGCGAGCGACAAAGAAAGAGAGUGCAAAGAGGGGAGUCCCUUUUGAGCAUAUACAAGUAUAACCAGCAGGAUAAGAUCAUGGAACAAAAAUCACAACUAAAUGAAGAAGAAACCGACCACUCUUGUCAUAAUUAUACUUUAAGCCUCCACCUUCCCACCAAGGAUUGCGAAUUUCGUGUCAAAUCUGUGCCAUCAGGACUUUUAACUUUUGAUGCAGGUCCAGAGACCAUUAUUGUUACAGUUGGACAACAACUCGAGGAAUGGAGCUUGGGAGAAUUCAAAAGUGUUUCGGGGCGAAUUGUUAAUCAGGCAGAACUGUGUGGAUCCCAAUCCUUUUUCUCCAUGGAGCUCAAGUGGUCUUCUUUAAAUAUAAAUCGUUCGUAUAAAACAACUUACCAAAAAUUCUCCUUGGCAGAUCAAUUCUUGAUUGCACUAAUUAUUGUUUUCCUUUAUUCUAUUUUUAUGUUAAAAACUUCUCUAUGAUUACAUUCAAUUUCUCAUAGGCAAAGGCUAUAUAUCACAUGAAUUGGCGUGGAACUUUUUUGCUUCUUGUUUUUUUUUUGGUCUACAUGGUACGUUUGAUGUAUAGUGUUUGAGGCUUUGAGCAAUGGAUUGAAGAGUAUUGUUUGAAAGGGGAAACGAAAGGAAAAAAUAGUUUGAUCAUUUACGAAAGUCUUGUGUAAGCAAAAAUAAAGACCUUGUACUGUAUAGUGCUUGAUUUCUUUAAUAAAAAGCAUAUACUAUUGUUUG